UCAUCCUCGCCUUCCUCCUCCUCCUCAUCCUCUGCCAAGAGCUCCGGAUCCUCUCCUGGCACGAGCCUGGCCAGGUCUGUCUGCCCAGCGCCCAUCUUGGCGUCGGACAUCAACGCCUCGGGCAGCGCCCGAUGGGCCAAGAGCUACGACGUCUGCCUCUGCCACAGCGACGUGGACCUGGAGCUGGUGGAGGAGCUGGUGUCCUACCUGGAGGGUCAACCCGAAAGCUUCCGUUGCUUCCUCCAGCUGCGGGACGCGGCACCGGGCAGCGCGGUGGUGACGGAGCUGUGCGACGCCGUGCAAAACAGCCACUGCUGGGUCAUGCUCAUCACCCCCAGCUUCCUCCGGGACCCGUGGUGCAAGUACCAGAUGCACCAGGCGCUGGCCGAAGCUCCGAUGGCCAACGGGCGCACCAUCCCGGUGUUGAAGGACGUGGAUCGGAGGGACUACCCCAAGGAGCUGCGGAACCUCUACUACAUCUACAUGGCGCUGAAGGAGAAGAGCUUCAGGCAGAUCAGGGACACCAUCAUGCGCUACCUCCAGGAGCUGUGCCGGACGUAG